CUGAGGAGAGGAGGCAAGAUGUCGGCUGCGGGUUUCUGAGCGGAGCCCAAUAAACGAGAUGUCUGAAGAGCGGGAGGCACCGGGGCCACUGGCCUCCUCCUCGGCGGGUCUGGGAGCGGAAGUGGGGCAGGAGGAAGUCCCCGGGGGAGCGGGUCCGGCUCGGCUGUUGUUACUCCCCUCAGACUCGGACGGGCCGCCCAAGAAGCGACUGCGCUCAGAGGCCGAGCCCGGGAGUGUCCGGCUGGAGGAGAGACUGUACUCGGUGCUGUGCUGUGCCGUCUGCCUGGACCUGCCCAAAGCCUCUGUGUAUCAGUGCACUAAUGGGCACCUCAUGUGCGCCGGCUGCUUUAUCCACCUCCUGGCAGAUGCUCGGCUUAAGGAAGAGCAGGCCACUUGCCCUAACUGCCGCUGUGAGAUUAGUAAAAGUUUGUGCUGCAGGAAUCUGGCCGUGGAGAAGGCCAUCAGUGAGCUGCCAUCAGAUUGUGGCUUCUGCCUAAAGCAGUUUCCCCGUUCUUUGCUGGAAAGGCACAAGAAGGAGGAGUGUCAGGACAGGGUAACUCAAUGCAAGUACAAAAGGAUCGGGUGCCCAUGGCAGGGCCCAUAUCAUGAGCUGACAGUGCAUGAGUCUGAAUGCUGCCACCCUACUAAAACUGGCAAUGAGCUGAUGGAGAUCUUGGAUGAGAUGGACCAAACGCACAAGAAAGAGAUGCAGUUGUACAACAGUAUCUUUAGCCUGUUGAGCUUUGAGAAGAUCGGUUACACAGAGGUACAGUUCCGCCCUUACAGAACCGAUGACUUCAUUACCCGUCUGUACUACGAGACACCGCGCUUCACCGUUCUCAAUCAGACCUGGGUGCUUAAGGCUCGUGUUAAUGAUUCUGAGAGGAACCCCAAUUUGUCAUGCAAGCGUACCCUAUCCUUCCAACUCAUCCUAAAGAGCAAAGUCAACUCCCCCAUGGAGUGUUCCUUCUUACUUCUCAAAGGCCCUUAUGACGAUGUCAAAAUACACCCCGUCAUCUACCAAUUUGUGUUCACCAAUGAGAACAACGAGACUGAGUAUGUGCCGCUGCCCAUCAUAGACUCUGUGGAAUGUAACAAACUGCUGGCUGCAAAGAACAUCAACCUCCGGCUCUUUAUAUUCCAGAUCCAAAAGUAACAAGCUACUGCCCUGCAGAACCAUACAUACCUCAGCCGGCUCCCUGUGUCUCCACUUGGAAGGAUUCGUUCUAUUGGCUUGGACUAUUUCUUUUCUUGCUUUAGACUAAAGGCAUACUGUAUGAAGAUUA